UUUCUCCUCACUGCAGAGAAACACUCGCUGUAUUACAUUUACACGGCUUUGUCCAAACCUGUCGAUCUGCCGGGCAUCUAUCAGUUCAGUGCUAUGGGUCUGCUAGACGACAGACAGAUCGACUCUUACAAUAGUGAGGAACAGAGAAAGAUUCCCAGACAGCAGUGGAUGAAAGAGAAAAUGCAGGAGGAUUACUGGGAGAAAGGCACCCAGUCCAGAAAGAGCAAAGAACAGUGGUUUAAUGUGAAUGUUGAAAUUCUGAUGAAACGCAUGAGACACAAUGAAUCAGAUCUUCAUGUUCUUCAGUUGAGAGUUGGUUGUGAAAUUGAGAAACAAGGAGAUGAAGUGAAGUUUUCCAAAGGCAUUAGUGAAUACAGCUACGAUGGAGAUAACUUCCUGUCUUUUGAUGAUAAAGAGUCUCAGUGGGUCGCUCCUGUUGAUGCAGCUCUACCAACCAAGAGAAAAUGGGACAGUGUGCCGAUCCUAAACCAAUACACCAAAGGAUACCUGGAGAAAGAGUGUGUGGACUGGCUCAACAAAUUCAGAGAUUAUGAAGACGAGGAGCUCAGAAACGGUUUUCCUCCAGAUGUUCAUGUGUUUGCAAAAAGGUCUAUUAGUGACAAAACCAAGCUGAAACUCACCUGUCUGGCCACCGGUUUCCACUCUAAAGACGUGAUGAUGACCAUCAGGAAGUAUCACUCACCUCUGCCUGAAGAUGAGGUUGAAUCCACAGGAAUCAGACCAAACCAUGAUGGGACCUUCCAGCUGAGGAAGAGUGUGAUUAUCCAGGAGGAUGUAAAAUCUGAAUACGAUUGUUUGGUGUUUCACAGAGCCCUCAAAGAACCAAUUAUCGUCACAUGGGGUAAUUAA